AUGUCGUCUUUACUUUAUCACCCAGCUUUGAACUAUGUUCAGAGUCUAAAUGACUUUCUUAUGUCCCCAAUGCUAUCAUGCCCAUUACUUCUCACAUCAAUUUACGCUCCGACCCUCACCGAUAAUGUCCUGUCCUCAAUUGCAUCUCAUCUCCCUCCUGAGAUAUCACCUACCCUAAACCUUCAAACGAUCAACAAGGUGCUCCUCAUCUGGACUAGCCUCUCCAUCCUCCGGUCCAUCAACCGGAUCCUCAAUAUGAUGGCUCACAACUCCUGGCGCCUCCGCCCCGCAUCCAACUGGUCCUGGACGAAUGAAAUCGCCGUCGUCACUGGCGGCUCUAGCGGGAUAGGCCUCAGCAUUGUCCAGCGACUAACUGGGAUGGGUAUACAAAUCGCCGUCCUAGAUAUUCAAGAUCUGCCCAAGGAACUGCAAACCAAUGACCGCGUCAAAUUUUAUCGCUGCGAUGUCACCACCGUGGAAUCUGUGGCCGAAGCUGCUGAUGCUGUGAGACGCGAGCUUGGACAUCCUACCAUUUUGAUCAAUAACGCUGGCAUCACGUCUCCCAUGCCCAUCCUUAAGAUGUCAGAGUCUUUUCUGCGCAAGAUCAUGGGCGUUAAUCUCAUGUCGCUGUGGUUCACGACCCAGCAAUUCCUCCCAAGGAUGAUCCAGCUCAACAAAGGCCACAUCAUCACCGUCGCGAGCAUCGCAUCUUUCGUUGCGUUGGCUACAGGCGCUGACUACUCUGCUACCAAAGCCGGCGCGCUUUCUUUCCACGAGUCACUGGCCAGCGAGAUCAAGCAUUUCUACAAAGCGCCCAAUGUCCUGACGACGGUUGUUCAUCCCAACUUUGUCAGAACACCUCUUGUUGAGGGCUUUGUUGAUCGUUUGGAGCGCGGUGGUGUUCGACUCUUGACCCCAGAUGAUAUUGCCAAGGAGGUUGUCGCACAGAUCAAACGUAGACGUGGCGGUCAACUUAUUGUUCCAAAGUCAGCCUCUGCUAUCUCGGGGAUCAGAGGAUGGCCUACUUGGUUACAGGAGAUUUUGAGGGAUAUGAUCGGAAGAGUCUAG